AUGAUUGAGGACCUUUAGACAACGUUAAAGAUCAAUAAAGGCAUAAUCAAAAACCUAAUAGAUUAAAAGAAGGGGCUUAAUUAGGUUAUCGAAUACACAUUCAAUCAGUUGAAUCAUGAGAAUGAAUUAUUGGAGAACAAAUUAAAGAGGAUUUAGGAGGAGCGAGAUUCACUAUAGGCAAGAAUGCUGAUUUUACAACAAAUAGUCGAGGACACAAAGGAUAAGGAAGAUGAUGUAGCCGAGAUGUUCAAGGAUGAGAUUGAAGAGUUAAAGGAGAAUUUAGAGCGAAAGGAAUACUUGCUGCAGGUCAAUGAGCAGAGAUAUGGCGAAUUUGAGAAAAUUUUGAUAGACAUCGCUGAAUAAGACACCAGUGUGAGGAAAAGACUUGCUGAUCUCAAUUUAGUCCCAAAAGACCGUAAAAUUUCAAACGUCAUUUUAGAGAAUACAAACUAUAAACAGUAAGUAGAGGAACUUAAAUAUGAAAAUGACAAGUUGAGAGACCACAUUGAUUAAAUUGUGAGUUAGGCCCAUGGUAUGACUAUGAAUUAGGAAGAAUUAAGUAUAUUUUAGACUAAAAAUCCUCAUAAUAUGCCAAAGCUUGACCUCAACAAGCUAUAGAGGCAAGAGUCAGAUUAAAGGGACUAUAUUAAGAAGUUAGAGCAGUCAGUUCAGUAUCUGAACGAUAAAAUCACCAAGAUUAGAAUAGAUUAUAAAAAUCUCAAAAAGGAGAAUCAAAACCUUAAGGAUAGCAAUGAGAAUCAUAUUUUCAUUAAUGAAAAGCUCAAUCAAGCAUUGAAAAAGUCAUCUUAAAGAAUCGAGGAUUUAGAAAAAAGACUUGACGGGAAAGUUAGCUCAAGGGAUAAUGCCCCUUCAAAAGAGGAAAACUAGAGUAAACAAGGCUCAACCGAAGGUUAAUAGAUUGAAAUGAUUGACAGUAAAAAGUAAUAAAGUAAGGAGUCAACUUUAGAAUCUAACACAAGUCAGAAGACUACAACAGUAUUGUAACAAAAGGGACCAGUAAUGGGUGGUAUGAAAUUAGACGAAAAAGCACUUAAUUAUGAGUCCUCUUUUGGAGAUGUUAGCAGUAUUAUGAUAAUGCCAGACCAAAUGUAUAACAACUUCAAUCUCCUAGAAGAUGAGAAUGAGGGGUAGGAACCUUAAAAGCAAAACCCUCCUCAGGUAUAAUAGACAAGCAGCAACGGGAGAAUAGCUGCAAGAAAGCAAUGA